AUGUCAGAUCAACAACACGAAAGCAAAGGAACCGAAGCUGUUAAAGAUAUUGCAAAGCCGAAAGAGAAGAAAGCAAAUAAAGAUACUGAUAGAACAGAGAAUGCUAACCAAAAAGAGGAGGACAUAUUAUUAGAAUCGCUACUAAAUGACUACAACGCUGCCUCCUCUGGAUCUUCAAAGUGUCCCGUACCAUCCUGCAAACAACGACUGACCGCUACGAGCUUCAAAUGCCAACAUUGUAAUAUGGAUUACUGUAUCAAGCACCGUCUCCCCGAAUCACACUCGCCAAAGUGCGUAGAUAAAGCGAAAAGAGCUGCACACUCUGCAUUUCAAGGGGAAUCGUCGAUCUUGUUUACUGCAGAGAGGCAAAAUCGUGGUGUUACAAAUUCAACAAAAUUCAGCAUUGCGAAAACUAAGGAGGAUAUAAAGAAGCGGUAUAAAGAGAAAUUAGAGCAAACGAAACAAGAACGGGUAGCUGGAAAGAAGAAAGGCAAAAAGUGA